AUGUGGCUUCUGCUGGUGCUGCUCCUGGCCGUGCUGCUGCUGGCCGGACUCUGCAAAGUUUACUUGGGACUGUUCCCUGGCAGCUCCCCGAAUCCCUUCUUCGAGGAUGUCAAACGGCCACCAGCACCCCUGGUGACUGACAAGGAGGCCAGGACGAAGGUUCUCAGACAAGCUUUUUCAACCAGCCAAGUGCCAGAGAAGCUGGACGUGGUGGUAAUUGGCAGUGGCUUUGGGGGCUUGGCUGCAGCUGCAAUUCUGGCUAAAGCUGGCAAGCGAGUCCUGGUGCUGGAACAACAUACCAAGGCAGGAGGCUGCUGUCAUACCUUUGGAAAGAAUGGCCUUGAAUUUGACACAGGAAUCCAUUACAUUGGGCGCAUGGAGGAGGGCAGCAUUGGCCGUUUUAUCUUGGACCAGAUCACUGAAGGGCAGCUGGACUGGGCUCCCCUGUCCUCUCCUUUUGACAUCAUAGUACUGGAAGGGCCCAGUGGCCCAAAGGAGUACCCUAUGUAUAGUGGAGCGAAAGCCUACAUUCAGGGCCUCAAGGAGAAGUUUCCACAGGAGGAAGCUAUCAUUGACAAGUAUAUAAAGCUGGUUAAGGUGGUAUCCAGGGGAGUCCCUCAUGCCAUCCUGUUGAAAUUCCUCCCAUUGCCCGUGGUUCAGCUCCUCGACAGGUGUGGGCUGCUGACUCGUUUCUCUCCAUUCCUUCAUGCAUCCACCCAGAGCCUGGCUGAGGUCCUGCAACAGCUGGGGGCCUCCUCUGAGCUCCAGGCAGUGCUCAGCUACAUAUUCCCCACUUAUGGUGUCACCCCCAGCCACACCGCCUUUUCCAUGCACGCCCUGGUGGUUGACCACUACUUAAAAGGAGGCUUUUAUCCCCGAGGGGGUUCCAGUGAAAUUGCCUUCCACACCAUCCCUGUGAUUCAGCGGGCUGGGGGCGCUGUCCUUACAAAGGCCACUGUGCAGGGCAUAUUACUGGACUCAGCUGGGAAAGCCUGUGGUGUCAGUGUGAAGAAGGGGCAUGAGCUGGUGAACAUCUAUUGCCCCAUUGUGGUCUCCAACGCAGGACUGUUCAACACCUAUGAGCACCUACUGCCAGAGAACGCCCGCUGUCUGCCAGGUGUGAAGCAGCAGCUGGGGCUGGUGCGGCCCAGCUUGAGCAUGAUCUCUAUUUUCCUCUGCCUGCGAGGGACCAAGGAGGACUUGGGUCUGCCCUCCACCAACUACUAUGUUUACUAUGACACGGACAUAGACCAAGCAACGGAGCGCUACAUCUCCAUGCCCAGGGAAGAGGCUGCACAACACAUCCCUUUUCUCUUCAUCUCUUCCCCAUCAGCCAAGGACCCGACCUGGGAGAACCGAUUCCCAGACCGCUCCACCAUGAUCGUGCUCAUACCCAGCGCCUAUGAGUGGUUUGAGGAGUGGCAAGCAGAGCUGAAGGGAAAGCGGGGCAGUGACUAUGAGACCUUCAAAAGCUCAUUUGUGGAAGCCUCUAUGUCAACAGUCAUGAAACUGUUCCCACAGCUGGAGGGGAAGGUGGACAAUGUGACUGCAGGAUCUCCACUCACCAACCGGUUCUAUCUGGCUGCUCCCCGAGGUGCCUGCUACGGGGCUGACCAUGACCUGGGCCGCCUGCACCCUCGUGUGAUGGCCUCCUUGAGGGCCCAGAGCCCCAUCCCCAACCUCUACCUGACAGGCCAGGAUAUCUUCAUCUGUGGGCUGCUUGGGGCUCUGCAAGGUGCCCUGCUGUGCAGCAGCGCCAUCCUGAAGCGGAAUUUGUACUCAGACCUUAAGGAUCUUGGCUCUAGGAUCCGGGAACAGAAGAAGAAGAAUUAGUUCCAUCAGGGAGGAGUCAGAGGAAUUUGCCCAAUGGCCCAAGGGGCAUCUCCCUUGACUUACCCACAAUGUCUGCAUUAAAUCCUUGCACACACAAA